AUGAAAGGUGUUCCUUACCUCGUUACAGUUGCCAUUUUGGCUUUGGCAUUUACCCUUGCUUCAGCCUAUGACCCUAGUCCUUUGCAAGAUUUCUGUGUUGCAAUUAACAACACUGAUUCUGCUGUAUUUGUGAAUGGAAAAUUUUGCAAGGACCCAGCAACUAUCACAACUAGCGAUUUUUUCUUUCCUGGACUCAAUAUUCCUGGAAACACAGCUGCAAGUAAACUUGGGUCAAGUGUCAAUCUUGUGAACAUCGAUAAAUUACCAGGUCUCAACACUCUAGGCAUAUCUUUGGCUCGUCUUGACUUUGCACCAUAUGGCCUGAAUCCUCCCCACAUUCACCCACGUGGCACUGAGCUUUUGGUAGUUAUGGAGGGUACUCUAUUGGUUGGAUUUGUCACAUCCAACCCAAACAAACUCUUUACCAAAGUUCUAAAUAAGGGAGAUGUCUUUGUAUUCCCAAUUGCUCUCAUUCACUUCCAAUUCAACAUAGGACAAACCAAUGCGGUUGCAUUUGCCGGUCUCAGCAGUCAAAAUCCUGGGUUGAUCACUAUAGCAAAUGCAGUUUUUGGAUCUAAACCUCCAAUCAAUCCUGAUGUUCUCGCCAAGGCCUUACAGUUGGACAAGAAUGUAGUUGAUUAUCUUCAGAAACAAUUCUAGUCAAACCACAAUUAGUAAAAAUAUUUGUAACAGGAAUGAUGAACCAUUACAAAGCAGAGUUUGAACAAAGUAUGCCAUGAUUCCUUAUAUGUAAUGCCUUAAAAAUAAUUAUUAUCAAAUAAAAUUUUCAUAUGAUUUUUUU